CGUUGGAGAGACCGCGAGGGAUGCAGGAGCGAUGGAACCCGGCUUCCUUUUUCAAGAAUCAGUGUGACGGAAGGGAGCAGAGCCGCGUUAUUUUAGGGAGACCUUGUCGCACUCCCCCUCCCGUGUGUAGGUAGCGUCUGGGAUGCGUGCGGGCCCCAUGGAGAGACGCUGGCGGUGGCUGCGGUGGCAGCUGGGGCUCCUACCGCGGCUGCAGCCGGCAGUAAUCCGACCCCGCGGGCGCCAGGAUUGAAGACGCGCCAAGGGAGAGCGGCGAGCUGCGAACAAAAGCCCUCGGCGCGGGGCCCGAGCCCGGGACGUGCGCUACUCCACAAAAGGACAGGGCUCAGCCAUGGUGGACCCCGUGCCGGAAGAGGAAAAGGCGGGAGACGAGCCUGAAGGUUCAAGAGGGGACGCAGCCGCCGCAUCUGUGGCCCCCGAUGCACCUGGCGCCCAGCAGCCCGCCGCCUCCUCGGCCUCCGCCUCGGCCUCCGCCUCGGCCUCGGCGGUGGCGCCCCACAAGGCUGAAGUCCCCAGCGCGGCGGAAGAAGGCGGGCGGCGGGAGCAGUCUCCGCUGCUGCACCUGGACCUCUUCAACUUCGACUGUCCGGAGGCCGAGGGCAGCCGCUACGUGCUGACCAGUCCCCGCUCGCUGGAGGCCUGCGCCCGAUGCGCCGUCAAGCCGGUGGAGCUGCUGCCGCGGGCCCUGGCAGACCUGGUGCGCGAGGCCCCGGGCCGCUCCAUGCGAGUGGCCACCGGCCUGUACGAGGCCUACGAGGCCGAGCGGCGCGCCAAGCUGCAGCAGUGCCGGGCCGAGCGUGAGCGCAUCGUGCGCGAGGAGAAGCGCAACAGCAGCUGCAGCAGCGCCAGCCUCCCGGCCUCGCCCGCGCCACGUGCCGCCCGCAAGGCCUCUUCCAGCCCGUCUCCGGCCCGGACGCAACCACCUUCCGCAGCUUCGCGGGAUCGGCUGCGGAAGCUGCAGCAGGAGCAGAACCUGAAGCAGCGGGAGGAGGGCCUGCAGGAAGGGCGCGAGCGGGCCGAGUUGGUCCGCAGGGAGCGCGCUCAGCGCGCGGCCCGCACCAAGCAGCGGCAGGAGGGCCAGCUGCAGCGGGAGAAGCAGGAGCUGAGCCGGGCGGAGCGGGCGCGCCACGAGGCCCUGCUGCAAGGCCGGGCCCGGCAGGAGCGCGCGGAGCGAGAGGGCUUGCGAAGCUCCCUGGAGGCCAGCUUGGGCCGCGCGCAGGAGAACUACGAGCAGUUGGUAGAGCAGCGCGCCCGCGAGCUGCGGGAGCGGGCCCGGCGAGAGGAACUGCAGGGCCGGCGGGCCAAGGAGGUGGCUGAGCGCAAAGAGCGCGAGCACCAGGCGCACCUGGAGGCGCUGGCCCGGGUGGGGGAGCGGCGGCUGCAGCACGCGACGCAGGCAGCCGAGGAAGCAGUGCAGCAGAAGGCGCGGCGCGUGGGCCAGAGCCGGAUGGAGAAGGAACGAACCCAACGCGCCAAUAAGCAGAAGGUAGAGAGGGAUGAGGACUGCCGCCGGCGGGAGCUGCUGCAGGCCAUCGGGCGCAAGCUGGAGCGUAGCGAGCAGCUGUCUCGAGAGCGGCGGAGCGCACUGGAGACCGCCCGCUCCACAGCCCGGGCCUCCUUCCACGUGCGGGAGAAGGUACGCGAGGAGACCAACACGCGCUCCUUCGACCGCAUGGUGCGGGAAGCCCAGCUGCACGCCAGCCUGGACCGCAAAUGACCGCCGCCCUGAGCUGCCCAGGCUGCCACGCUCAGCCCUGCAGGCCCUUCCCCUUGGCCUUUAUGACCAGGUGGAAGUCUCUGGUCGGGGCCCAGCGCCGCGGCCUCGUCAGGCUCCCGACCAACGAAGCAAUGAGAAGACAGAUUGACCUGCCAGCCCACCGCCUUUUGCAAAACGAACUUCAUUUGGAAAUGACAUAGCACAAUCUUUAACCACGUCUUGGUGGCUCCCGCAGCGGCCCUUGCCAAACUUCCCAGUGUGUCUUUGGGGUCAGAAUAGAACAAAGCUGGGAGAGGCGGGCUGCGUCGGGACUGGGGGAGGGCCCCUGUAGGAGAGGGUGCAGUGGUGGCCGCCCCCUUCUCAGCAGCCGCCCAGGCACUUUCCGCAUAUUGGUGUCUGAGGUGACAUUGGUUACUGCAGCCGAGGAGACGUCGCCUUGGCUCACCUCCAUCCUUUUAAAUAAUGGCAAGUUGCACAAAGCUCAGAGGCCUCGAAGAAAAGCACAGCUCUUCCAAGGUGUUAGACCACACCCAGAGACCCCAAAAGCGAUUGGCUUCUGUAUGCUUGACUCUUAAUCUGCCAUUUGAGCAAAUUCUGGUCUUAGUCAUGGUAGUUUUUUGGUUGAUUCCCCUAGGCUUUCUAGUUAGACAAUCAUCUGCCAGUAAUGAUCAAUUUGUGUCUUUUUCCCCCUCUCUCCUUAUUCUCCCAAGUGACACAAGAAAUCGGUUGGUUUGGUGAUGCUGCUUCGCUUUAGUGGAAGCCCCCAGCCCCUGGGGUAGAUGAGUUCCCUAGGCAGCAUUGUUUCCGCCCGAUUCUGCAUUCUCGCAGGGUAAGAAUCAGCUUCAGGGGAGGCCGUGUCUGUUGGCCACCUCCCAGUGCGGAGGCCCUCCUCGAAAGACAGCAGCCAUGCCUUAAGAAGCAGAGCUUGUGUGCCUGCCCGGGCCCAUCCUGCCUGAAUCUCCAGCCCUGGAUGCAGCCCUGAGGGCGGGCCCAGCGAGUCUGGCACUAGGGAACCAUCCCAGCGCUCUGAGGGUGAUCUCCUGUGGUGGCUAGCGUUGCCCCUUUGCUGUUGAGAGUUGUGGUUGCUACUGUUGGUAGUUUAGCUUCCCCUCCUCCACAUGAGGAAAAAGAGAAUUUCUGUUGCCCCUUAAGUUCCUGGUUCCCCCUCACCUUUGCUGAAAGUGUUGAAUCAUUCUCUCCGUGCCUCACCUUUCCCACUGGCCAGAUGGGGCCAUCGGUACUCUUCUCCUGGUACCUCAAGGUCUUCGGGAUCCAAAGCACCGCCUCAGUAUUUUUGGUUGGUCUUCUUUGUGCCUUUCUUGACCUGGUGUAGGGAGGCAGGAGGGCUGCUUUUGGCCUAGCGUGUUCCCGGGAAUUCGGAUUCCUGGGCGUUGGAAGGGGCAGUGCUUCACAACAGAUAAUCAUUUAGCUUCUGGGGGAAAAUAACUUGCAAGACCAGGCCACUCCCUGGUCCAAAAAGUCCCAUUCAGUUGUCUUCAGGCAACUUUAAUGCCUAGAGUGCUUCCUUCCCAUAAAGCCAAAAUCAGCCCCCGGCCAUAUCCACCCACUGACUCUGCCUUCAUCAUGGAAAACAUUACAUUUUACAUUAAAUCAGGAUCAGGAAAUAAGUUACCAAAAAACAAAAAUAAAAAAAGAAUCAGGGUAGAGAACUACUGUAUUAGACAUGUUUCAUGUAUAUUCUGCUGGACAGAAUUGUCCCUAAAGUGUCUGGUAUUACACACACACACACACACACACUCCAUCCGUACCCCCUCCCCAGUUGCAUGCCACCAGGUACAAAAGCAUUGUGUAGAAGGGAGCAAUACUUAAGUGUUACACAGGAGCUGUGCCAAGAUUUGUUUCUUGAAUGGGUGAGUUUUUCCCUCUAAUUUUCUUCUUGUCGGUAACCAGGUUAUCUAUCAGUGAGCUAGCUGGAAUAAUUGGUAUUGUCUCUGAGUCAGGACCAUUUAACCGAAAGGUUAAUUUGAUACUUACUCGUUCUUACCACGUGGCUCCUGAUUUCCUAGAGAGCUUUUGAAACCCGAAUAGAAGACUUCACCUAAAACUACCUUCUUCCAAAGUACGUACAUUCAUUUGAGAAGGACGCAAUCUGGUUUUCUGGAUAACGCCCCAAAAGGUACACAGGUGUUCUAACUCACCCUCUGUUCAGUUUGUUUUCUGACUUACUGAGUGACUUUGGGUAGAUCACCUCUCUGUGCCUUGGUUUCCCCACUUGUGGAAUGGGGAUCGUGACUUUGGCCUUCCUCAGCACUGUGAAGAUGAAUCAGUAUCAAAGUGGUUCUCAGCCCUAUGUCUUUAGAACCACAGGUGCAAUUGCCGUAAACAAAGUAUCAUGUGACUGGACUAUGGCUGGAGAGUAUAAUGUACUGUCGUGAGUGAGCACAGAAAGGAAUGGUCUCAAAAAGUACAUUGCAGCUACCUGGAAUUUAAAUAAAACUUGAAAAAAAAAAGCACAUUGCAGAUCAUAGCGUCACAAGUGAUGCGAAGGCCCAGGUCUGAAUCUGAAUGUCACCAAAUUAGAGGUUUGCACUUAGAGAAAAGCACCGUGUAAAGGGAAAAAAACAUGGAUCCCCCCCCCCAAAAGAGAGAUCCAUAUAGCUAAGUAAAAUUAAAGCAAAAACAGAAGCCAAACCUAGUCAUCGUAAAGAAUGGUUCUUCUAAAUUUCAGACCUCUUCUAGAAUAUAGACCCAUCUCUAUAUUCUAGGAUAAGUGGUCAUGUUGCCCUUUGAGGAGGAGCAAUUGCCAGAAUCAUUUUUUGGCCCUUCAUUUAUAUUCUUCUAUUUGACAUGAUACCAGAGAGAAGUGGAUCUUAUUCUGAACCACAGCAAGGGACAGUUGGAGUGUUGGGGGGCAGUGGGGAUGGUUGGGGAGACAGGCGUACUUCUCCCAAUGUAAACAUUCUAACAAAUGCCCAGAGUUGGCCUCAGAGCACCAUGCUGGAAGUCUUCUUACCAUCCAGGAAAUUGCAGCCCUGAAGCGCUCUCAGACCUUUGCAUUUGCCCUCUUGGAGCAUCCCCUGGCUCCGAACAGAGGGAAUGUGAAAUGGAGUAAGGAGGAGUGGGAAGGGUUGGAAGAAGCUUUUGUUUGGUGCAUUACGAAGGAAACAAGCAGGACAAAACUGUUUCCGACGGAAUCAUUGGUGAAGCUAGCCCAGCAUCCUGCUCAAGCAGUGACCAGUGCCUACACCACGUCUGGACAGGAAGAUGGAAGUUUCCCUUCAGAAGCACACAGACUGAAUCUUCAAGGGAUUUGUCAAAGGUGAAGAGUGGAUGGAGAGGGGAAGGCAUAUCUGAAUGUAGUUUGUGUUCAGGCUACUGGGUAAAGUCUUCCAGCUAUCAUUUCUUCUCCUUUAAAAAGUCCCUUGACACAGAGGAGUGCCUGACUUCGCGUAAGGGGUUGUAGAUUGUUAGCCUCGAAUCCCCUAUAGCUCCGAGUUUGGCACCUCCCACAUGGUAAGCACAUAAAUACUCGAUGGAGAGAGGGAUAGAUGGUGGAUGGCUGGUGGACAACUGACUGGUGAUACGAGGAAACCAGUGAAGGAUAGAUCAGGUGCGCAGGCCUCCAUUCAUUUGACAAAUUUGUAUUGAACAUCUGCUGUGUGCCAGGCACUGCUUUUGAUGCUGGGAAGACAAAGUCUGAUCACUGACCCUGGGGACCAUCGAUGCUUCAUUGUCAUGAGCAGACAUCUGUAUGUCCCCAUUGGGCUUAACUACCUUCCCACCCUGAGUUAUCCAUCCACAGGCAGAUCUGAUAGUCCUUCAGGCUCUAACUUCAAGCGUUUUCAAUUUCCUGGGGACAUACCAUCUGCCAAAUAACCAUCACUCAGUCCCUGUUGUUCUCUUUCCCUUGAUUAACCAGGAGCCUUGAUUAAUCAGGUCAAAUUCAUAAGGUCAUGGACUUAAUCAGCUUUAAAUUACAGUAAAAAGAGAGAGGGAGAUUAAUUACCUUCAAGGAUGUUGUUUUGUCACCACAUUAACUAAGGCAGCAUAAAUAACUCGUCAAAAGAAGAAAGGCAAUGAUUGUCAACCCAGAGAAUGAGCCUCAGGCCAUGCAAAGCCCCAGAUCACUAAACAGGGUAGCAGUUUCACCAUUCAACUGUUCGUGCUGAGACAAGAAACUCAACAUUUCAGAAGCAUUUCCAGCUUAAAAAUUCCAACAAAAAGAGAUUUCUGAUCAAUACUAAAUUGAUGAGCAAGGUUAGCGAAGCAAAUAUUCUUAAGACUUCCAGGUGGUUGAGGUUGCCCAUAGGUCGCUCUGUAGACUUGCCUUUUCUCCACCAUGUGACUGCCGUCUCCACCCUGCAUGUCCCAGGGAAACAUAUGGCAGAUGAACACAAGGAAACCUGGCAUUUCUUGGCACGGCCUGGAAAGCGGCUUUCAGGGACCCAGCAGAUAACUCUCAGUUCUAGAAAUGUCGGUUAGGCCCUAUAUGUGAUACACACUUGGCUUCGGUUGUCUGACGCAGCACCUGCUGUAUUCUGACCAAUCAUGUGCUUUAGUACCUGACCACGUGGAAGAGCACCUGGCCUGCUCACCUGUGUCCACUGUUCCACAGAGCUCUGGUGCUCUCUCUGGGUACAUCUCCUCCUGGCCCCAUCCAUCCCUCCACAUGUCCCUUCAGACUGGGCCCUGGUGUUGCUUGGGCUUCCCAUAAGUCUGGGCUGGGACAGAGGGCGGAGUUAAUAUCAGAUGUUAGGAUAUAGAGGGGAGGGACAGUGUUCCUUUUGAGGAACAGUGGUGAUCAUUGUUUGCACUGUUACUUCCUGAUUCAUCAAAUACCGUCAUGUCCCAUAUGAGCACAGACUUAGUCCAAAGUGAUUUUUAAAUUAGCUGCCAUUUUGAAGUGUUCAUGCCUUUCUUCCUCGCCACUAGUACAGUCUUGGUGGCAUGUUUUUGCGUCAGACAUUUGCACAAUUCAUAGGAUUGUCAGAAAGACAGUAGAUCCGUAUCCACUCCUGUUUGAUACACACACACACACACACACACACACACUCCUACCAAUUCCAGCAUCAGCGUUCUUUCAGAGGGAGGGAAAUUGUAGUUGUGUUCUUCCAGGGAAAGGUAAGCUCUGGGGAAACUGAGCUGCCCUUGGUAGGGGUCCGUGGAUUCCACCUACCUCCAGCUCCUGGGCUGCUUCAGGCUCUGGCCUGUAAGCAUAGUGUCCAUAUUUCCCAAGCCCAGCAAUGAGCCAAGUGGGUGGCAAAGGGUCUUCAUAUUGCCACUACACUUCUCCUUUCCCCUACUCAGUGAGACAGACUGGCCGGAAAAUGGACUUUGGAUGCCAAAAUGUUGACAUUCGGAACAUCUCAGCAUGAUGGAAUGACGAACAUCUACAAAGUUCUGAACAUCCAGUCCAUGUGGCUGCCAUGCCUUCAAGACAAAGAAGCAAGUAUCUUGACUUAUUCAGACUGUUACCUACUGUUCCAUGGGCCCCUCAAGUCAUCUAUAAAAGGAGGACAACAGAUCCUACAUGGUAGACAGUUGUUAAAUGAGUUAAUGUUUGGAAAGCAGCUCAGUCCCUGGGAAAUAGCACUCAAUUCAUGGAUAUUGUUAUUCUGAACUUGGGGAGCAAAGGAAGGAAUGAGGUAGGUUGAACGUCAGCCAGGUGGUCCUGGUAGACACCAGUCUUUGAUGGUAGCCCUUUGUGGUUGUCUGUAUCCCUUGCCGUGUGGCAAUCCCCCAACCAAUCCAAAGGAAGGGGCUUUGGAGUAAUGGUUCCCCUGGUGAUGUGCUGUAGCCUGGGGUUGCGGAGGGAGGAAUUAUUUUGUUUACCAAAUGUUUGGCAAUAAAAUUGACACUGGUGAUAA